AGUCCAAUUUCUCCUAGCAAAUAUAAUGAGUCAUCUUAUUUUUUCUCUUUCCCUCUUAGCAGUUUUCCUCCAUUCUUGCACCCUCACCCUCGGUCAAAAUCCUGCCUCUGCUCCCGCUCCAUCGGGUCCCACCAAUAUAACGAAAAUACUCGAAAAAGCUGGUCAAUUCACCACAUUUAUCCGGCUCUUAAGAACUACUCAAGCCGGUGAUCAGAUCAAUACACAAUUGAAUAAUUCGAAACAAGGAAUGACUGUUUUUGCACCUACUGAUAAUGCAUUUUCGAGCUUAAAAGCGGGAACUCUCAAUUCUCUAAGUUCUCAACAACAAGUUCAGUUGGUGCAAUUUCAUGUACUUCCUAGUUUUAUUUCAGUUUCACAGUUUCAAACUGUGAGUAAUCCAUUGAGGACUCAAGCUGGAGACACUAGUCCCGGUGAUUUCCCAUUAAAUGUAACGACUUCCGGGAAUCAAGUGAAUGUGUCCACCGGAAUUGUAGAUGCUACUGUGGGUAAUACUAUAUAUACUGACGGUGAGCUCGCGGUUUAUCAGGUAGAUAAAGUGCUUCAGCCAUUGAGUAUCUUUGCUUCUCCGUCGCCGGCGACAGCACCGGCACCGGCGACUCCGGAAACGUCGAAUCUGAAGAAGAAGUCUCCGGCAGCAUUGAGUCCAAGCUCCGGGAGCGAUGAUACGCCGGCGGAUAAAUCGGGCGCUGAUAGCGUGAACGGCGUGGCGGUGUUGGGAAUUGGGGCUUUCUGUUUUGCGUUUUGGUUGUGACGUUAGAAUUUUUUGACGGUUGUGAUUGGUCAUGAAUCAUAUUGUUUGGAAGAGAUUAUGGGUCGCAGGUUUGGAUUCGACGGUUGUGAUCGUCUGUGAUUUCCCUCAAUUUGAAUAAUUGUGUUUCUUUAUUGUUCCCUCCUUUUUCAUUUCAUGUCUUUUCAAUUUGGAUUUUCAACUGUAAGAUAUGAAUCAAAUUUUGAAGUGGUGUACAUUUAUAUGUUUUUCAAUCGUCA